UCUGGGCCGGAAGCCGAGGAGGGAGGGGGAAAUCCGUGGGCUUUUUUCAGUCCCGCCUGCGCGGUCGCCUCCGCCGCCUCCGCGAGCUCUCGCUUGUGUCACGGGUGCUGACGACAGCAGCCUCCUCCGCAGCCCGUCGCCAUGGCAACCUUUUGUUGCCUCCAACGCUCGAGUGGUCCAGCCGAGGAGGGAGGCAGUAGGGGCGGUAUAUAGGCAAGGCUCGGGUGGGGGGGGAGUCAAGGAAGGAAAGUCCAGUUCCCCACCCAGAAAAGAGGAAGGCUGGAAAAUCCUACGGGAAGAAGAGGAGCUGGGCCAGAAGGACGGAAGAGAAGAGAUUUAUUAUAUUGAUUAAAUUGUACAGACGCCGCUUAUAAAGAGUGGGCUAUUUGGAAGGAGGAGAGGAGGAAGAAAAGGCAAGCGCAUCUUGGAACGGAGAAACCCUCAGCCUUCUUCCCCAAGGGAGAGAGCAGAUUUCUUGACAGAGGAGAGUUGGGGGUAACUGUCCUGAAAGUCUCCGUUGAAAAACAGCACUGACUGGUAAUGUUUCUCAUUUUUCUCCAGCAAAACUGGGCAUCAAGGAUUAACUGGAGUUGGCAUUGCUGUUUUUGUAAAUUCAGAAAUAAUUAUUUCUAAGUUGUUAUGUAUGCUGAACCAUCCAACAUGAAUUUCCGGAACCAUGGGUUCUUUCGCCGUUCUCCGCCCACUUCGGUGGCGAAGCCAUCUCCUGCUGCUGGGAACACAUUGUCGGUCUUGGGAGGCAUUGCUCAAAUCUCUCCUUGUCUCUAUCUCUGCUCUGGCAAUGCUGCAUCAAAUAGACACAUGGUGUACUCCCGGGCAGUGAGCUGUAUAGUAAACGCUACCAUGGAAAUCCCUAACGCCAACUGGCCAGACAUUGACUAUGUGAAGGUGCCUGUUCCGGACCUUCCCCAUGCUCCACUCUCCUUGUACUUUGACUCCGUGGCUGAUAGGAUACACCAGACAGGGAAGAAGAAUGGAAGAACUCUAGUUCACUGCGUGGCAGGUGUCAGCAGGUCUGCCUCCCUCUGUAUUGCUUACCUAAUGAAAUAUCAUCGGUUGAGCCUCCUGGAUGCUCAUGAGUGGGUGAAGAGCAGGCGACCGGUUGUAAGGCCCAAUGUAGGCUUCUGGAGACAGCUCAUUGAAUAUGAACGCAAGUUGUUUGGCAAGAACACCGUCAAGAUGGUGCCAUCCCCCAUUGGGUUGAUCCCAGAUGUAUAUGAAAAGGAGACCCGUGGGCUGGUCCCCUUGUGGAAUUUGAGAUAAAGGCUAUCAUUGAAAUGGGCUGUGGGCCACAUUGACUUAGAAUGAAAAAGUUCCACCAUGUUAGGAUGUUAAACAGGACUGUUCAAUGUGGUGGAUCUUAAUAAGAAAUUCUGUUAUUGUAGUCUUUUUCUAAGACCUUGCAAUAUGAGUACAGUAGAUCAUGGAAGACAUGAGUUGCUUGAACUUUUCAGUGUAAUAGACAAUGCUGUUUGUUACCACCCUGUCAAACAUUGCUAGAACCUGUAUUUUGCUUACAGUCUGAGAUGAGAAAUGGUUAAACAGAAACUUACUUAAACGUACAGGCAGUAAAGAUUACUGUACUAUCUGACACCAAGACUCCAAUUAUAAAUUAAUCUUUGCAUAGUAAGGAGAAAUAUCUUUCCCUUUUCCUCCCCUUUCUGAGUCAAGAGUUUCAGAAAUCCUUUCUUGGGUUUGCUUUGAUUUGAAUAAGCACAAUAUACUUUCCUUUCUGGAAAAUUAAGCCCUAAGGUGAUGUGAAUUAAAAUGAUGAUUUUAUGCCCAUAAACUCUAAAUAGCAGAAGUCAAGAAACUGAGGGUAGCACAACUAUCAACAAUAGGCAUAAGCUAACUCUACAAGAGAAUGUUAUUUCAUAUAUAUAUUCACUAAGCAGGUUGCAACUUGGCCACGAUAUUCCAUAUAUCACUAUUUAAGGAUGCUCUAAUAGAGGACUAUUUAAACUCUUGUGGGGAAGAUAGGAAUUUUUGAGUAUUGGCUCAGGUUACCUUCAAACAGGGUAGAUAUGUAAUUGAAAAGGGGUUAAAGAAUAAAUACGCUAAUCAAGUCUUUUUUGUACCCCUCGUUAAGAUUAAACAGUAUGUAGCAGGGAAACUUUCUCAACACGUUGCACCUUAAAAAAGGGAGAAAAAGAGUACAUCUUGAAAGUUAACACAUUCACAGUUGGGCGAGAAAGCUACACAGUGAACAAGUAGUAGAGUCACAAUUUGGUGUGAACAAGCAGUCCUGUAGUUUUGAUGAUGUGAUUUGCAGUAUUUUAUAACAAAAAGGAUUCCUAAGUGAAGCUUUUCUAAUACAAAGGCAUAAAAUUGGAAGAUGUAUCCAUUGUUGGGCGAACAUCAAGUGAGGUCUAAGUGUAUCAUGGUGUUUCUCAGCCUUGGCAGGUUUUAGAUAUGUUGACUUCAACUCCCAGAAUUCCCCAGCCACCAUGGCUGACUGGGGAAUUCUGGGAGUUGGAAGUUCACACAUCUUAAACUUCCAAGGUUGAAAAACACUAGUGUAGUAGAGGAUAUUAAAUAGGAGGUGAGGUAUCCAAACCGGUCAGCAUAUCAAAAUGGUUUAAUGAUUGAAGCAAGGUUUUGGACAAUACUUCCAUAAUAAUUAUAGGAAGGUAUAAUAAAAAUGGAGAAAAAAUGAAUCUGAUUCCCUUUAAAUAUGUUGAAAUGGUAACUCCCAACUUUUGUAGCCAGUGUGGCCUUGAUUAGAAGUUGUCAUUCCAGUAUACCAAAAGGGAGAACCAUGUUUAAAGAAAGCUGUCUUAAAAGAACUCUAUUAGGAACAAAUUCUGGAGGAAAACAUCAGCCUAAAUCAGGGGUCUUCAAACUUGGUCCUUUUAUGACUUGUGGACUUCAACUCCUGGCUGAGGAAUUCUGGGAGUUGAAGUCCACAAGUCAUAAAAGGGCCAAGUUUGAAGACCCCUGGCCUAAAUGGAAGAGGCCCAGAUGUGUUUUUCAUAAAUAUCACAUAAGCAGAGUCUAUAACCAAAAAGUGAGUCUAUGCUUAUGAAAGCAAUGGCUUAGCAGCAUUUCAUAACUGUAUUUCUCUGUCCAGAACAAAGAAUAUAGUUCAUUCCCAUCUAAGAUUGUUUGAUUGUAUUGACUUUUCAAUACAAUUGCUAACUGGGCUUUUCACAAAACAGUAACUUAAAAGUUUUAUAUCCAUAUAUGCAGCUAGUAGAUUAGUAUAUUUUCUGUAAAAAAGAUAAGUUUACUGCAAAUUCUUCUAUGGUACGAAUUGAAUGGGUGAAUUCUGUAACCUUCCUGUUCUUAUAGAAAAAUGUAAUUGGAGUUUUUUUUAGGUAUUCCCAGAAUAAUCCAGAACUAAGCUAUUGGCCAGCAGUGUGUGGAUUUCUAGGAGUUGAAGUCUACACUUUAACUGAGAUUGAAAAACAUUAGUAUAUAGGUCAUCUAACCAAGCAAUUCAGAAAUCUAUUAAAUUUAUGUAGCUAGAAAAUAAUUAUUUCCCACAUUUAUAACAUAGAAACUGAAAGUUGUCUUUCUUAUAGAUCUUAUUUUUAAUGGAUAUAUAACAAUUUGGAUAUGUCAUAUUUUGACAUUUUACAUGGGGACAGGGUUAUGAUAAUACAGGGAUGACUUUUUGUGAGGAAGAAAACUCAGAUGGAUUAUUUUAACUUUUUGUUUGUACACUGGUCUAGCACUUCCUGCAUCGUAAUUAUUAGUGCCUCUAAAUUUGUCUAGUGAAGGACAGUUGCAUAUAAAUGCACAGUUUCACAUAAAUCUAACAUUUUCAUUUUUUCCCCAUGAAUAUUUUUAGUUGUUCGAGCAAUGGUAUUAACAGAAGGGUUUGGGACUGAAAGCCAUGAUUGAUCCACCUCUCUUUCAGAAGGAAACAUAAAUCUCCUCAAAUCUCAAUCUCUCUUUCUCUCUCUCAUAGUAUCUGCUUUAUUUUAUCAGGGUUCAGAGACUAAAUAGGGUCAGAUCUUUGUAAUAUUUGGAUAGAAACCAUUAGUCAUGUCUUAGACCUGUCUAGGAAAUCACAAUACAAGCUCAGCUCGAAGGAGGUUACCUUUUUACCUCCCAAAAUGCUCGUAUUUCAAUGGGUGAUUAAUUCGAAAACCCCUUUUAAGACCGAACAUGGCAUUAGCAAAUCUAAGAACUGUGCAAGUGUUCAGAGCACAGCUUCCUUGCAAAGUAAUUUUUGGGUUGGUUCCACAAGUAGAACUUCAAGAGACUCCAAGGAAGAAUUUGCUCCAGAGUUUUCCACACAAGCUGGUCUUCUUUUCAAAUGGUAUGUGUGUGUGUGUGUGUGUGUGUGUAAAUAAUAAGUUAUCUAAGGCAGUGCUUCCCAGCCUUAGCCCCUUGAAGAAGUAUGGACUUCAUUUUGGGAGUUGAGUCCGCACAUCUUCAAGUUGCCAUGGUUGAGAAAGAUUGAUCUAAGGUCUCUGUAUAAACUGUACAUAGAAAAGAGCUAUGUCUAUAUAAAAAGUUCUGAUGUCUUUUGACUUCAGUGACAAAAAGGUCUUCAUAAAAAUAAUAAACAGUGAACAAGUA